ACAAAAAAGAGAGAGUCAAUUUCUUGGAAGCCACUCUAUGAGCUUGUGACUUUAUAUAUACAAUACAAUGCACGUUGUAGCUUUGAACCCUUCAUGUUCAAGCCAUUCAUCAUUAGUUCUUCCUCUUUUGCAAUUUCCUUCCACAUUCCUUCAAUAGUUUUUGUUAGCAAAUUUAUUUUUUUUCUUCGUUGAAUUCUGGUUUUUUCUAGGUGUACUUACAUCAUGCUUACAGUAAUACUGUUGUUUCUUUAUCAUUUUUUUGGGGGUGUGGAUCAAAUAGUUUAUUCCUCUGUUUUAUAAAGCUCAAUCUCAUUAGGCAAAAGAGAUUUGGAGUGAAAAAACAUGGCAGAGAUGGCUAAUUAUCCCAUGGAGAGCCAAUUGGGUUGUAGUCUUGUGGCAGGGAUUUUUCGUCGCCGGAGCUUCUGCCAACGGAAAACAUCUGUUUAUUCACUGCCUGUGGAAAGCAGCAACAAUAUCUCCAAGGAAAAGCCUCCUGUCCACAUUUCCAAGACGCAGAGAAGCAAAUCUGAAGCUGCUAUUCUUGCCUCCAAUCUGAUUAAACAAUUUCCUGAAGUAGGCCAAAAACUCACCGGGAGACAUAAUUUGGUUUCUCCAAGAACCUCAUCUUCUCAUCAGAAGAAUGAAGGUAGAAAAUCCUACGAUGCUGCAAGAAGCUCAACAUCAUCCUCGAGUUUGGGCCAAAUAACAUUGUCACAGACCAAUGAAGCAAAGCUAAGGAGGGCAUCCACAAGUGAUUCGCGAGAGCUUAGCAUGAUCUUAACAACUAAUAAUCAACAAUCCAAAGAUAGCAAAGCCCUAGUUCGAGCUAGUUCAACCAAGGUUAUGCUAUUAGGCGACUUGGGCAAUUUGAGGCUGCCUGGAAAUGGGAAUAUUGCAGGCAAUAAUAGUCCUAAUGCCACUACAAGGACUGCAAAUUUCCUUCACAGGAAUUUACAGGAAGCAAGCUCCAAUCACAGGACUAGACAUAGUAAUGGCAAACUUGGUGGAAAUGGUGUUAUGGGCAACAUUGUACGGCAAUCCAGUGGGGACCUUCGACAAUGUCAAAACCUGACAAGUAGAAUGGAUCCUGAGGUUUUGAAGAAUAUGGGCAAUGAGAAGUACAAGCAGGGAAGAUGUGAAGAGGCCUUAGCUUUUUAUGAUCGAGCAAUUGCUCUCGAUUCCAGCAAGGCAACAUAUCGGAGCAAUAAAAGUGCUGCUUUGAUAGGAUUAGGCCGUCUAACAGAAGCCGUCGCCGAAUGCAAAGAAGCUAUUAGGCUCGAUCCUUCUUAUCAAAGAGCACAUCAUCGUUUAGCGACACUAUAUGUCAGAUUAGGAGAAGCGGAGAAAGCACUGUAUCACUACGAACAAUCAGGUCCCUAUGCUGACUCAGAAGACAUUGCUCAAGUUCAAGCCUUGCAGAAGCACCUGAACAGGUGCAUCCAGGCUCGAAAAUUAAAAGAAUGGAAUACUCUGGUAAAGGAGACCGACUGUGCAAUUUCUUCUGGUGCUGAUUCAUCUCCACGGGUAUAUGCUAUGCAAGCAGAGUCCCUAUUGAGACUGCAUAGACAUGAAGAGGCCUACAGAGCCUACCGGAGGGCACCGAAUUUUACCUAUGACUUUUGCACUAAGUACGUUGGCCUAGCUGGCACCUCUCAUCUCUUAAUUGGGGCACAGGUUUAUAUGGCUGCAGGCAGGUUUGAAGACGCUAUAUCAGCAGCUCAGCAAGCAGCUCAGCUUGAUCCAGGUAACAGGGAAGUCAGCACGGUGUUAAAAACUGCUAGAGCUGUAGCAUCUGCAAGAUUGACUGGCAAUCUACUAUACAAUGCAUCAAAAUUUUCUGAGGCCUGCGCUGCAUAUAGUGAAGGACUAGAAUAUGACCCUAAUAACUCAAUUUUGUUAUGCAACCGAGCGGCUUGUCGAUCCAAGCUUAACCAAUUUGAAAAGGCAGUGGAAGAUUGCACCGCGGCUCUUAGGUUGCAACCUAACUACAGCAAGGCAAGGCUAAGAAGGGCCAAUUGCAAUGCCAAGCUGGAAAGAUGGGAAGCUUCAAUGCAAGAUUAUGAGAUGCUUAUAAGGGAAAGCCCAGCAGAUGAGGAGAUAGGCAGGGCCUUGUUUGAAGCCAAGAUUCAACUGAAGAAGCAACGAGGUGAAGACAUCAAGGACUUGAAAUUUGGUUCUAAUUUGGUGUUCAUUUCCAGCAAUGAACGUUUUAGAUACUUCGUAACUUCGCCUGGAAUGUCAGUGGUGCUUUUUUGUAACAAAGAGAAUCAUACGCAAGUGUUGCAGCUGAUGGAGCAAGUCUGCAAGAGAUUCCCAUCUGUCAACUUCCUCAAGGUGGAGGUAGAGGACUACCCAUACUUAGCAAAGUCAGAGAGUGUAACAUCUCUUCCAUCGUUCAAGAUAUACAAGAAUGGAUCAAGGGUUAAAGAAAUUCCAGGCAACAACCGAGAAUUAUUGGAAAAAUCAGUUAAAUUGUACAGCAGUUGAAAUGUAAAAAUGAAAAUUAUGCAGAGUGCAAAGGAAAUACAGAAAGAAGAGAGCCUCAACUUAACAACAUUAAGAUGGGAAAUUAAGAAAGCAGCAUUGCACAUAAAAGCAGAAAAGGGUUAGAGAAGGAAUGAUAUUGCUAUUGGCUGCACCACAAGAUUAAACAAGUGGGAGAGUUGUUUGGUGUUUCUUAAUUGAUGAUUUUUUAGUUUUCCUUUCUUUUUGGUUACUUUGAAUAGGAUGCUUAAUGACUGUUUAAGCAGCUCUUUAUUCUCUCCCUGCCCUACUUCCAUCCCUUUAAUGCUGGCUUUGGCAAAUAAUCAGUUUGCUAAUGAUGUUUUUUCUUUUUAAAGUGUGGAAAGCAAAUAUUAAAUAGUAAUAGAAAUUGCUUGUGUGGAA